CCGGCGCCUGUCCAAUAGGGUCCCUCUGAGGCCGGGAGUUGCUGUUUCCCCGGCCGGCGAAGGCUCUGCGCCUCUUCAGCGGGGAUGGCGUUCGUGCUGCUCAAGUGCUGCGGGCGGAGGGCGGCCUGCCUCCCGCGGCGCCUGCACUGGGAGGCCGAGGCUGGUCACUUGGAAAACCAUGCUUGUUUUGGCUGUACAUCCCUGAGGCUAACUAAUCACACGAAUGCUCAUUUUAAAUAUUGCACUAGUAUCUCCCCUGUUUACAUUUGCUCUUCAAGGAAUGGUUAUACUGGAACUGAAGGACCAGAAAAAAGGAACUUUACAGCACUGAGAGCACUUGACUUGUCGUCACUGUCCCCUAAUAGUGGCACUGUCACUUCUUCCUUAAUUUGGGGGUGUCACUAUCUUCCAGUACGGAAGUGGCAUUCUUCACAACCUUGUUAUGAUGACUCUAUGAUAGAAAAAUCCUUGAAGUCCCUCAAGGAUAAAAAUAAGAAAUUGGAAGAAGGAGGACCUGUAUAUAGUCCAACUGUAGAAGAAAAUAUAGUCAAAAAAUCACUUGGACAGAGGAUUGUUGAUGAACUAAAACAUUAUUAUCAUGGCUUUCGGUUGCUAUGGAUUGAUACAAAGAUUGCUGCAAGGAUGCUCUGGCAAAUUCUUCAUGGCAACACUUUAUCUCGGCGAGAACGAAGACAGUUUCUUCGUAUAUGCGCUGAUCUUUUCCGAUUGGUUCCUUUCCUCGUCUUUGUUGUUGUUCCAUUCAUGGAAUUCCUGCUUCCCGUAGCCUUAAAGCUGUUCCCUGGUAUGCUUCCCUCAACAUUUGAGACAAAGUCUAAGAAGGAAGAAAGAUUGAAGAAAGAACUAAGAGUAAAGCUUGAAGUGGCUAAAUUUCUUCAAGAUACCAUAGAAGAGAUAGCCUUAAAAAAUAAAGCUGCCAAAGGGAAUGCAACAAAAGAUUUUUCAACCUUCUUUCAAAAGAUCCGAGAAACUGGUGAAAGACCAAGCAAUGAAGAAAUUUUACGUUUCUCUAAACUAUUUGAAGAUGAAUUAACCCUUGAUAAUCUUACAAGACCUCAGCUUGUUGCUCUCUGCAAAUUGCUAGAACUUCAGUCAAUUGGGACCAAUAACUUUCUUCGCUUCCAGCUUAUAAUGAAGCUGAGAUCUAUCAGAGCAGAUGAUAAACUGAUAGCUGAGGAAGAUGUGGAUAGCCUAACAGUUAAAGAGCUACAAGCAGCUUGUCGAGCAAGAGGUAUGAGAGCACUUGGCGUAACAGAAGAUCGUUUAAAGGAGCAGCUUAAGCAGUGGUUAGAUUUGCAUCUGAAUCAAGAAAUCCCAACCUCAUUGCUUAUUUUAUCCAGAGCUAUGUACCUUCCAGAUACGCUGUCACCAGCUGACCAACUCAAAACAACUCUGCAAACACUACCUGAGAGUGUGGCCAAAGAAGCCCAGGUGAAAGCAGCAGAAGUGGAAGGAGAAAAGGUAGACAAUAAAGCUAGACUGGAAGCAACCCUUCAGGAGGAAGAAGCUAUUAAGAAAGAAAACCAAGAAAAGGAAUUGGAAAGGCUUUCAGAUGCAGCCGAGAAAGCUAAAGAGACCCUUCAAGUUGCUGAGAGGAAAGAGGUGGAGUCCACAAUAGAUCUUGAUGCUUCUGCCAUGCAUAUAAAAAAAAGCCAGAUAGAUAUUGAAGCUGAGCAAGAGCUGGCAAAGGUGGAUUUAACACUGCAUUCAGAGACACUGAAAGAUACAGCUCCAGUAUUGGAAGGCAUUAAGGGUGAAGAAAUAACCAAAGAAGAAAUUGACUUGCUAAAUGAUGCUUGUACCAAACUGAAGGAACAGAAGAAAUCUCUAACAAAGGAAAAAGAAGAACUUGAGGACCUCAGAGAUGAUGUGCAGGAAUACAGUGAGGAUUUGCAAGAGAUCAAAGAACUGUGUAAGACUGGACAAGAGGAAAUAGUUGAAGAAUCUAAAGCAAGCAAGAGACUCACUAAAAGAGUGAACCGAAUGAUUGGGCAGAUUGAUAAAAUUAUCCAGGAAUUGGAGACAGAUCAAAAAGUGGUAGACGGACAGUUGGAUAGUGGUGCUACUCCUCCUAUUGGAUUGUGUUUCCCAUUUAGGGAGAAUCUCAUCAGUAUCAAUGAACUUAUUAAUGUGAUGAAACAUAUCCAAAAGAUACCAGAAAGCAAACUGAAAAGGCUUGCAGAAGCACUGGAUGAAAACAAAGAUGGAAAAAUAGAUAUUGAUGAUGUUGUGAAGGUGGUAGAACUGAUUGACAAGGAAGAUAUUGAUAUUUCUACUAACCAAGUAGCAGAGAUCAUGUCACUGUUGCAAAAGGAAGAAAAACUGGAAGAGAAAGAGAAGACUAAAGAAAAAGCUGAGAAGGAAGCUCUGGAAGUGAAGAAUUAGUCCUUCUAAGGUUACGUGGCACAUCUUCUAUAUCUUGCCUGGCAUUUAUGAGAAGAGGAACAUCAGUCAUCUCUUGGCAAGUCAAAAAAGAGUCUCCGAUGAAAAACAGACAUCUUAUCAUUCCAUCUCAACAAGAGCAAUUUAGGACUUUUCAAUAUUUUUUCCCCUUUGGAAUCAGGCACACAGUUUCAUAUGCUGUGGUAAUUCAGUUGACUUCUGAAUGUAAAUUAG